AUGAGUGCUGCAGGAUAUUACGCUUAUCACCAACAUAACAACUCUGUGGAUGAAGAAGAUUCGCCAUUGACCACCACUACCUCAACAACCUCGUCCACCCAUGACACUCCCACCGUCAUUGCCAAUGGCUCUUCUUCCCAUCGAACCAACUACCGUACACGAGUUUUAAAUGCAAGCAAUACCCCAAGCACCGUUACAGGAAGACGUGUAUUGAUCACUGACGAUGACGAAGACGGCAAUGCCUCCACCAUGUCAGCAUCAAGUGCCUCCUCCUCUUCCUCUUCCACUAUCCUUGCCCCACGACCUUCAACAACAGCUUAUCGUAACCAUGGAACCAAUGAUACAAGACAACAACCCUCAACUACUACUACUACUACUCCUUCUCGUAUCAAUGUUGCUAGGCAGCAGCAACAUCAACAGCAGCAACAAGAUCAACCUACACCAUCACAGCAACAACAACAACAGCAACCCACACCUACAAGUGAUGAUGAUCGACGAUGCUGGAUUUGUUUUGGAGAGGAUGAAGAUUCAGAGGGAAUUUGGGUGAAGCCAUGCAAGUGUUCUCUUGUAUCGCAUGAACAAUGUCUUUUGGAUUGGAUAUCAGAAAAUCAAAAGGGAUCUCCUUUGAAAAAGGUCUACUGUCCUCAAUGCAAUACGCCUUAUAGUCUUAUGGAGCGACGCAGCGUAUCAUUGGCUCUCCUUAGUUUAAUUGAUACAUUGGCACGCACUGCAGCACCUUACUUGACAUUCCUUGGACUUGGUUGCUCCGUAUUACUCACUUCUACCACUUAUGGUGCAUACACUGUAAUGACACUCUUUGGGGCAAGACAAGGGGAGCGGCUGAUUGGAAGACCGGCAUUUUGGACAUGGCGUACAUGGCUUGGGUUACCAGCCAUUCCAGCAGCCCUUGUACUCUCCCGUUCACGAUGGGCCGAUGGCGUACUUCCUUUUGCUGCCAUGCUCAUUCUUCGUGCAACAUCAGCCAAUCAACAAGGCGCUGUACAAAUGACUUGGCCUCCUUCUCCCGCUGUAACAUUGGGUGUGUUGCCAUGGAUAAGGCUCCUUUAUAAUAACUUGUAUCUUUUGGCACAACAUCACUUGUCAAGGAAAUUGCUUCAUCUUCGAAACAGACAAACAUCACAACAACAGCAACGUCGUACACAACAACAACAACAACAACAAGCAGGCACAGAUCCCACAGCUGCGUUCCGUCAGGUACUGGAACAAAAUGGUGUCGAUAUCCUUGCAGAUCCUGUAUGGGAAGGCCGACGACAACAACAUCAACGUGAUGAAGAAACACGUCGAGUGGAACAGGAGCAAGAAAAUGCAUUGAUGGAAGUGCGUGAAUCCAACGAUCUUGGUGUCACUGUUAUUGGUGCAUUGCUUUGGCCUACCAUUAGCAGUAUUGUGGGAAGCUGCUUGAACCAUUUCAAACUUGUGCGUCAACACUUUCCAGAACCAUUUCAUCGCAAUGUCCUUGGUGGAUGUCUAUUUGUGGUAGUCAAGGAUAUGGCAAGCUUGUUGUACAAAUAUGAACGUAUCAAGCAACGUCAAUCUCGUCGUGUCAGGAACUAUAGUGAGAUUGCAAAGUAA